AUGUUUUCCAUCGUUACAUAUUGUUAUCUGAAGACUUUUGCAGUCCUUCUACGAAUUGUGAUUGCCCUGGGUAGCCGCAUUGCAGGCCGCCCUGUACCCCGGCCAGAUGAAGUGCGCCACAUUGCGUCGCGCGAUCCAGGAAGAACGAUCAAGAUCUAUGUCUAUCGCCCAGUCAAACCCACCACAGGACCCAGCCCGGUGCUGAUCAACUUCCACGGCAGCGGCUUCCUACUUCCCCUGCAUGGCAGUGAUGUCGAAUUUUGUCAAACCAUCAGCAAAAACACCCAAUACACCGUCUUGGAUGUGCCGUAUCGCCUUGCGCCAGAGAACCCGUUCCCUGCAGCGCUGAAUGAUGUCGAAGAUGCCAUCAACUAUGCCCUAGGUCGUUCAGAAGAGUUUAACUCCUCACGGAUCUCUCUCUCUGGAUUCAGCGCUGGAGGAAACCUCGUGCUGGCCGCAUCGGCAACACUCUUCCCUCCCAACACCUUCCGCGCUCUUCUCGCAUAUUAUCCAGCCUUAGAUCUAGCCUCUGACGCAGCUACAAAGGUCGCCCCCGAUCCCAGUGGCCGCGUCAUUCCUAUUCCCGUCGCGCGCUUAUUCAAUCGCUGCUAUGUUCCUCCUGGAGUGGACAAACGGGACCCGCGGAUCUCUCCCAAGUAUGCCGAUCUGGAGCGAUUCCCGCAUCGAAUGCUGAUGAUCACGGCCGAGGGUGACUCGCUUGCUCUUGAGGGAGAAGAUCUGGCAAGGAAGCUGGAGAAACUUCCCGGGCGCCAUGUGGUCAGUGAGCGCAUGGCUGGUUGCAAACAUGCGUGGGACAAGCGAACGCGGGCGGGAACCCCGCAGCGUGAGGCUCGGGAUCGAGCAUAUACGCUGGCGGUGGACAUGUUGAACGAGGCUUAA